ACAAAGAUGGCGGCUUGCAGGGAGACGAGACGCAGCUGGAAAAUUCACUGUGCAUUUGCUGUGUUUAUCUUGUUACAACUAUUUCCUCUCAACUGUAUUUCGGCACCGCUGGAACCCGAAAACGAUUCAGUUGAGGUUCAACCACCUCUGAAUCCAGGAGUUGUUGGUUCAGAUCACUCCUUGCCUUUGGCAACUGCCAGCAAGGGUGCAGCAACAGCCGACAGCACUGGUACAACAGACAGCAAGGCAGACACAGUAACCAAUGACAAAGCUAGAACAUCUAUCGAGGUUGAUGACACAGCAGUCAUUAAGGCUGUAACAUCAGACGUAAAGGAUGCUGCUGCUGCUACACCCAAUGAGAGUGCUACGCCUAUCAAAGACGCUACCACACCCAUCAAGGAUGCUACCGCACCUUUAGAAGACGCUACCACACCCAUCAAGGAUGCUACCACACCUUUAGAAGACGCUACCACACCUUUAGAAGACGCUACCACACCCAUCAAGGAUGCUACCACACCCAUCAAGGAUGCUACCACACCCAUCAAGGAUGCUACCACACCCAUCAAGGAUGCACCUAUCGAUGGUGUAACAGCAUAUGUCGCACCGGCCACCAAAGGGGAGGUUAUAGCUGAAUCCCCUGCCAUUAUUAAUAAAACAACUGUUGGCAAGGAAGUAGGACGGACUACUGAAGAACUACUUCCCAAUCCCACUGAUGCAGAUGCUGCUGCCGCCUUUACUAUGGCUGCAGAUCCAGCCAUCAGCACCACCACAUCCAAGCCCACCCUGGAGAAACCAAGCUCUGCCUCCAACACCAAGCUUGUCGGUCGCAUGAACCCUACAGAGGACGAGCAAGAGGACCAUCUAGAGUCCCAGGCAGAGAUUGACAUGUACGACAGAGAAAAUGAGGACGAUGUCGAUGAGGACGGCGACUAUGACCCGAGGCCAGCAGUUAAGGCUCCUCUGAACAACGACGAGGAGGACGACAUCAUGGUGGACGCAGACAAUGACCCGGUGGUGCUCAGACCAGCAGAGAAUGCUGGGAAGAUAGACGUGCGUAUGAAGGACACCACCAUCUACACCCUCCAGGAUGAGGACUCACACUUCUUCUUCCACGUGGUCAUCCUGGCCUUCCUGGUGGCCAUCGUAUACAUCACCUACCACAAUAAGAGGAAGAUCUUCCUCCUGGCCCAGAGUCGGCGCUGGAGGGACGGCCUGUGCUCUCGCAACAAUGUGGAGUACCAUCGGCUGGACCAGAAUGUCAACGACGCCAUGCCUUCCCUCAAGAUGACUCAAGAUUACAUUUUCUGAGCAGAGAAGGAAGUUGAAAAGACUGAACUGAAUUGAACAAACCUGUUUCCGGCUGCAUUGUUGAAAUGCUCGCUUGCCCACAAGCUUGCCCCACUUCCUCUUGCUUCAGGACAAUCCUGGGCAGGAGGGAGUUUGAUGGUACUUCAUCUCUGUAAUCGAUAGCCUACACGUUUUCAAUGUUAAUCCAUGUACGUUGGAAAUAUUACUCUUUGUUUUGUUAACCAUACUCUGAGUUUUGAAAUGAUUUAUUUGGGUGACAAUUACACUGGUCUAUAUGAAAAACAUUCUCACCAUGUUUAAGCCUUACUGUCCUUCUACACUUAAUAGUUUUUCUCUCCUUUUGCAGAUUACACACACAGAAAAUUUGGAUGUAUAGAUUGUCAGAAUCAAUAUCAAGAUAAAUAUGUUGUGAUACUUUGCUUGUUAGUAACUAGUUUGCCCAGCAAUGAAUGAAGGCAAUUUGUAGUGAUUAGCCACAAAGCAUUUGUAGUUGUAGAAGUUAAUAUUGUAGGAAUACAGCAUACUACACCAGUGUUUCCCAAAUCCUGUCCUCCAGUACCCCCCCCCCCAACUAAUCAAGCCCUUGACAAGAUGAAUCAGGUGUUUUUUGUUGUUGUCCUGGGCUACAACAAAAAUGUAUUGUAUUGGGGGGGUACUGGAGUUGGAAAACUAUACUACAAAUAUAGACCUUAAUAAAAUUGAUAAUUUUUACAGCAA